AUGAAUGCACGUUUUCAAGCAAAAAAUCCACCAGGUGGCCGAUUGACGCCAUCAAACCUAAGUUCAACAUCAACAGCAUCGACUUCAAAUUUACCAUCAUCUCCAUCAAUAUCGUUUAGUAAUAUUGAAUCUGAUCCAGUAUAUCUUGAGCGUUUAAAAGCACGUGAAAUUAUAUCUGAAGCAUUUCUUCAAGUAGUGCGAACAAAGCCUGAUGAUCCAUUUGAUUUUCUGUAUGGCUACUUUGAAAGUCAAUGUCAAACAAAACCCUAUGAAAAAGCAUUAACACGUUUACGUCUUGCUGAUCCUAAACAUCCAUCAUUUGAAUCUCUACUUGUUGAACUUUAUUCUAAUUUCAAUGCAUUAAGUGAUGAUAUCUUAUUACUCAAAGGUGAUGUAUAUAAUAAAUUGUUAGAAAGUCUUUGUAACAAUCAAAUUUGGUCAGGAUCGAAAGAUCAUCGAGCAACAUUACUUUCAUUGGUUUGUCUGCGGCCAAAUGAUUCUGUUCAUUUCAAUGUAUUUAAAUAUGGUAUUCAAGCGAUUCUUCUUGCAAAAGGUUAG